AUGGAAACACAAACAGAAACAGCACAAGACCCGCCUGAAGACGCUGCCAUGGAGACCAAAGAUGAUGAACCUAUAGAUAUUAAAAAUAUGUUCACUUGUGAAGACAUUCCUCUGAUUGUGCAGCUGUUCCGAGAGGCGGAUGCUGAUGGCAGCGGAGGGUUGGACACUGAUGAAUUUUGUGUUGCACUGCAGCAGUUCUACGGAGCUGUGAAUACAGAAGACCUCAUUGCACUUCAUAUGCAGAUUGACGUAAACUGUGAUGGAACUGUGGACCUCGAUGAACUACUGAACUUUGUGUUGACUAAAAAUACGGCAACAGCAAACAUAAAUUUGAGCAAACAUACAUUUCCCAAAACAAUAAACGUAGUCCCUGUGGAUCACUAUAAAUCAAUAGUUAAAAUGAUUUUUCGUCCAUUUGAGGAUAGCAGUAAACAAACUGGUGGUUCUGAGCUUUCAGUGGCACCAAUAAGGCCCUACCAGAAAGGUCAGUACCUCUCAGUCAGCUCUGAUGGACUCUUCAGCUUUUGGUCUGACAGCUUUCAUCAGUCAUGCCCAGUCAGACUCAACAAAGUACAAACAAAACUUCCUUUUUCGCACAGGAGCAAAAUGUAUGUAAAUGACAUGGUGUACAUCCGUGAACUCAAAGAGGUUGCCAUCGCGACCUAUGACAGGGAACUGACAUUCUUCACCUGCAAUGAAUUCCCUGACUUAUUUCAACAUAAAUACUCUUUAAUAUUUGAGGAAAACAUAGUGAAUACCAUGAACUACUGGUCCAAUGGCACUAAAGCAGUUUUUUCCUUUGGUGACACAAAAGGCUUUUUGUUUGUAUUUGUCAGUAAUAACAUAAAGAGCAAAGGCCUCUUCUGCAAAAAUGCGUUUGAGAAAAUCACUCUGCGGGAGUAUCCAACUGUUUAUGUGUCAUCCCUGUUAAAAAACUCUUCUGAAGACUUUCUGUGUAUUAAAAUUCCCAUCUUUGAUGAAAUAUGUCAUCAAGUUCAAUACUUUCAAUCACUGGAUUCUUUUGCCAUCUGUGGUAGUUCAUUCACAACAAUGGUACUCAUUCCCCUGCCAAAGUCACCCAAAGCCAAAAUCAAUAAAAAACUCUUCAAGAGCUGUAAAGGGCAUGGAUUCUUCACCUGCAUUGAAUACUGCCCCUCAAUUAAGUAUCUGGUGACUGGUGGUACAGAUGGCGCACUGCGGGGCUGGUAUCCCCAUGACACUGUUUGCAAAAAGAUCGCUACGGGACACAUCAAACCAAUCAGCUGUAUCACAGUUAAUGUGAGAAACAAAAUACUCCACAGUAUAUCUGUGGACAAAAAUCUACGCUUGUGGUGUGAGGAAAGCUGGGCGUGCCUGCAAAGCAUCCAGGUAGAAUUAUUGACACAAGCCCCAAUCUCCACUGUUUGCUAUAAUCUACACAACAAUGAGUUAGUCCUGGCUAACACAGAUAUGGGAACAUUUCUGGGAAGAGGAACAGAUCUUUUUAUAAGUAUGUUAACAUCCCAUGACCAGCCCUUGUGCGGUGCUCUCUACCACAGCAUAUUCAAGCAAGUCAUCUCUGUUUGCCUGUCUGGUGUGGUGAUAGUUUGGGAUAUCUUAACAGGAACGGACAUCGUGAAGUUCAAAGUCACUCCAGAUCAUUACAUUGGGUUCACCGCCUUUUCAUUUGAUGGAACACAACGCAGACUAAUCACAGUUUCUGACCAAGGGAAAGUGAGACUGUGGAACUUCAGCAAUGGAGCAGAGCUUUCCGCUCUUCCUGUGACCGUGCAAAAGGAGGUGACAGGUAUUGUCUCCAUAAACGACAGGGUGUUUGUGUCUGGAUGGAAUUCAAAGGUAAUUUUUGAUCUUGAUUUAGAGGAAGUUGACAACAGAGUUUUGGAGCAUGACCAUUUAAGUGACAUUUCCUCCAUGAGCGCACACGAAGCCAGACUGUUUACUGCCUCAAGCAAUGGUAACAUAGUUAUUUGGGAUGCUGAAACUGCUGAGGUUACCUAUUGGCUUGACACCACUACCGACCCUCGAACACACAUGGCAGACAGAAAGACUCAAGGCUAUAUAAAGAGUGCACCUGAGAGUCAACAAAAGAAACCCACUGGGAAAGGUCCUGAACAUAAAGACGCUACAGCUCUAACUGAUGAGAGGAAUGAUAUGAAUACCUGUCUUUUUAUUCUAUGCCUGCAGACCAGGACGCCCACUGCCAACACAGCCACACUGCUGACUUCUGAAAAUAACUGCAUCUGUGCUUGGUCUAUUAUUAGCACAGGUGGUCUGUUAGGAAAGUUCAGGGCAGUGCUUGGUGAAGGUGAUGUCAUUACCACCAUGUCAACUGAUUCCAAAGAGACGAUACUUCUGACUGGGAGCAGUACUGGAAAGGUUUAUCUGUGGGACAUUCAGUCGUUUGGGUUUAGAAAAAAAGAAGAUCCUCAAGGGCCAUUUGAGGUUAUAAAAAACUGGCAAGUCUCACUGUAUCAACCACAUCUGCUGGGGUCCUGGAGAGCUCAUGAAAUGAAGGUGAUGAGUGUUAAGUGUGACUCUACAUGUGAAAAGAUAAUUACUGCGUCAUUGGACAGCAAUGUCACUUUAUGGACAAACACAGGCCAGUGCAUAGGCAUCUUUGGCAAACAUGAGUGGGAUGCUGAGCAAAUCAGCCUUAUAGAGAAUACUGGCAAGGAGGAGGCACUGGAACCAGACACAGAAACAAAAGAAAGUUCGCAGAACAAGUUCAUUGUCGUGACCUCGCUGUCAGAGCUGGGUGAGAGACUCCCAUCCGGCAGCACAGGACUGUCCUUCCCUGAAGCAGAGGAUGAUGGAAGCAGAGGUAUCAUGCAGACUCUGCUUGAAGGGCUGGUUCCAUAUCAGAUCGGGGUCUUGGAUAUAUUUAAUGCGGCCUCCCAGGAUCACUGCUGCUGUGAUAUUUUAGCCAUAUUUCAGUUCAGCUCUGGUGGCAGCGGGAUCCUGGAGUCCUACCAGGCGGGGGAGUUCCGGUCCUCUGAAUGA